AUGCGUUUUGGGAAAAGCGGUGAUGAAAAGCGUUUCAUGAGAUUCGGUAAAAAAUCCGAUACAGAAGGUGAUGAGGGUAAAGAUAAGCGGUUUAUGAGAUUCGGCAAAAGAUCUGAUGAUGAAAUGGAGGCAGACAAACGGUUUAUGAGAUUCGGCAAAAGAUCUGAUGAUGAAGUGGAGGCAGACAAACGAUUUAUGAGGUUCGGCAAAAGGUCUGACGAUGAAAUGGAGGCAGACAAGAGGUUUAUGAGAUUCGGCAAACGGUCCAACGAUGAAAUGGAAGCAGACAAACGGUUUAUGAGAUUCGGCAAACGAUCCAACGAUGAAAUGGAGGCAGACAAACGGUUUAUGAGAUUCGGCAAAAGAUCUGACGAUGAAAUGGAGGCAGAUAAAAGGUUUAUGAGGUUCGGCAAAAGAUCUGAUGAUGAAAUGGAGGCAGACAAACGGUUUAUGAGAUUCGGCAAAAAAUCUGACGAUGAAAUGGAGGCAGACAAAAGGUUUAUGAGAUUCGGCAAAAGAUCUGACGAUGAAAUGGAGGCAGACAAACGGUUUAUGAGAUUUGGUCGUGAUGGCGCUGAUGAAAAAAGGUUUAUGCGAUUCGGAAAGAAAUCUGAUUUUGAGAACGAAAAGGAUAAAAGGUUUAUGAGAUUCGGGCGUGAUGGAGCUGAUAAAAGGUUUAUGAGAUUCGGACGCGCCGGUACCGACAUGGAACAAGACAAACGAUUCAUGCGAUUUGGAAAGAGAAGUGGCGCUGACGAUGAAAAAAGGUUCAUGCGAUUUGGAAAAUCUGUUGAUCAUGAUGAUAAGCGUUUCAUGCGAUUUGGUAGAUCAGGACAAAAUGAAGACAAACGCUUUAUGCGAUUUGGUAGAUCAGGUCAAUUAGAAGAUAAACGCUUCAUGCGUUUUGGACGUUCGGACAGUUCUGGUGACAGUGAAGCAGAGAAACGAUUUAUGAGAUUCGGAAGAUAA